AUGCAAUACGACCAAGAAACGCUCUUUUUUAACCGAAAUUUAUCAUUUAAACACGCUCUUUCUUUUGCAAAUAAAGAAAGUAAAUACAAUACAAAAAAAGAUGGUUUUGAUUUAACAUUGAUAUCAUCAGAAAUACUUUCUUCAGAUCAAAAUCAGUCUUCUUCGCAGGAAAGUACAUCAGAAUCUUCUGAAAAUAUAUUGGUUUCAUCAAAAGUUCUAUCACAUGCAAAAAAUAACAAAUCAACAAAAAAAGUUUUAACAGAUAUUUCAACAAAAACAACCUAUAAAAACACAAAAAAAAAAGCAGCUAACAAAACUCAUUUAACUCCCUCAUCUGAAUCUUCAUUCUCUUUAAAACGAGAUAAUAGUCUUACACCACCUCCUCGUUUACCUAAGCAAGUUAUUCAAGAAGGACGCCGUAUAUAUAUGCGUUUAACGCAAAAAACAAAAGUAAACCAAAGGCUCAUUAAAAAAAUAAACUGUCCCUUAGAAAAAGAAAACGAUUUAUAUCUCUACAAUAAUACAAAUAUUGAAACAUAUAAUCAACAAAAAUCCUCAAAAGGCUGUAAUACAUUGACUAUUUUCGAGAUAACAAUAGUCGGAAAACGAAAUACGAAAACAGAUGCACCCAACUUUUUUCCAGAAACAUGGGAAGAGCCAAUAUUAUUCAAAAUUUCAGAAAACCAGGCAUUUAAAACUAUAAAAAAUGCAUUCUGUUCUCAUAAAAAGCUUUCCAAAUCUUACUAUAAUCAAAUAGUACUAGUAUUUAGAAAAAAAAGAGUAUUCGAAUCUGCUACACCCAAAGGAAUUGGUAUGUUAAAAUAUGACUCUAGAAUUGAAAUAGAAAUUAUGUCUAAAGCGGCAUAUGAACAUCUUAUAAAUGAAAUAAAAGAAAAAAAAAAGAUAAACAAUAGAACUUAUAAUUUUUUUGAUCUUACAGAAAAAACACCGGAAUCAACUCCAUAUAUUAUUAUUGAUGAAUCACCAAUUGAAUUAGUAUUAAGAAAUAAAAACAACGAAAACUUAAAAUUAUCAGUUGAUUCUAACACAACAAUAUCUAAACUUAUUGACAUUUUUAAAGCAUCUAAAAAUAUUGAUACCAAUACUCAUAUAACACUAGAAUUCGAAGGUGAACAUCUUAAACCGAACCUAUCUAUUUCUAAUUAUGAUAUUGAAAAUGGAGAUCUAAUCGAUGUACAGAUAAAUAAUUAA